AUGGCAGAGAGAUUUGAAGCUUUCAACACCGGCAUGGGUUUGGUGCAAGAACAAAACGAUAGCAAGGGAAAGGUGGUUCGAAAAAAUAUUGUAGCCAGUCUGGGAAAUACCUUAAGCCUUUUUCCUAACACAACCUCAACUUCCAGCAACGUUUCCUUAGCCAUUUCGCCUCACUUAAAUCCUACCUAUAUCAUUCCACAAAUGCCUUCAACCUACACUCCCGAUCAAGUAGCGAUAAUUCCUAAUCAUCAAUUUUCCAUAGCCACCACUCGAUUCGAGAAAAGUAAGAAAAACGAACUGGCAAUAUCCCCAUACAGGAGGCCUGGAAAGGAAAUCAAGUCGCUUUACCAUGAAGAUUUGGGAAAAGAACUCCACAAUUUGAGGAAAGUCAUUAAUGAAGAGUUAUGUUCAAGGAAUUUCCAGAUUUUGAAGUAUGAAGAUUUGUGUGUGCAUCCAAACGUCGAGCUUCCGUCAGGGUACAAAAUACCUAAGUUUAACACUUUCAAUGGGAAGGGAGAUCCCGUCGCUCAUUUAAAGGACUAUUGCAGCAGAUUAAUUGGUAUUGGACAUAUUGAAGCCGUACGAAUGAGAUUGUUCAUUCAAAGUUUAUCAGGAUCAGCACUCUCUUGGUACACUAAACAAGAUUUUAGCAAAUGGCUUACGUGGGAGGAUAUGGCCCGCGGAUUUAUAAAGCAAUUCGAGUUUAACAAUGGAGGCGAUCUGCACAUAGCCGAUUUGCUCAGAGUAAAGAAAACGCCACAUGAGUCUUUCCAAGAAUAUGCCAUACGAUGGAGGUUAGAAGCUUCAAAAAUACAUCCUCCAUUAUCCGAGAGGGAAUUGAUCUCAACCUUCAUCCAAAUUCAGGAAGACUUAUAUUAUGAUAAGUUGCUCGGAGCCUGUGCACACAACUUCUCUGAUUUGAUUAGGAUCGGUAGAGAACUAGAAAAUGCCAUUCAAUAA